CAAAACUUGUAGGUUAACUUCCUUUUACUGUGUUUCUUUCAUGUAAAAUGGCACCUACGAAGCCAAAGUCAGCGGAUAAAUCCGCUCCUAAGAAGGAAGAAAAAAAGAAGCCAGCAACCGCUCCAGCUAGCGGUGCUGCUGCCGCUGGUGCGUCAAGUUCUUCGUCGAAAGCUGCCCCAGCUCCAAAAGCCGCAAGUAAGCCUGCAGAAAAGAAGGCAACGUCAAAAACUCCAGCACCCAAACCAGCCGCAGCGAAAGCAGCUUCCAGCAAAACCCCCGCUGCAGCUCCUAAAACAAAGGCCACAACAGCUGCUAAACCGUCUGUCAAGGGAGCAGCAAGUAAAGGCGCCGCCAAACCCGCUGCAAAGGGAGCUGCUAAAAAACCAGCCGCUGGAAAAGCUCCUGCGAGUAAAGUUAAGGCUCCGCCAAAGGCCCUCGUUGCCAAGCCGAAAAAAAACGUUCCCGUCAAACAGCAAAAGGGUGUUGGCAAAAAGCCAGCCGUCGCUGCUCCCGGUGCGCCUGUUGCUAAAGCUUUAAAAAUCCAGAAAAAGGUUAUUAAAGGCCCCAAUGGCACGCAUUCGCGUAAGAUCCGUACGUCUGUCCAUUUUCACCGUCCAAGGACACUCAGGCCACCAAGAAAUCCUAAAUACCCCAGGAAGAGUGUCCCGACGAGAUCCCGCAUGGACGCGUACAACAUCAUCAAAUACCCAUUGACGACUGAGGCCGCCAUGAAGAAGAUCGAGGACAACAACACGUUGGUGUUCCUGGUGCACACCAGGGCAAACAAGCACCAUAUCAGGGCCGCCGUGAAGAAAUUGUACGACAUUAACGUAGCGAAAGUGAAUACGUUAAUCAGGCCAGACGGUAAGAAGAAGGCGUACGUAAGAUUAGCCAGGGAUUACGAUGCUUUGGAUGUCGCUAAUAAAAUCGGCAUCAUAUAAUCCGUUUUUGUACAUUACGUUUAAAUAAAGGGUGAGAGAUA